UCCCAUUCAUUUACUUCAGAGUGAGUCAAAUCUGCAUCUUCAAAGCAUCAAAGUCAUGACAUCAACCGUCGACUCUCAAUCGGAUCCCCAAUCCAAUUCCCUCAGCCCCACACUGUCACCAAACGCACCCGAUUGCGAUCCAUUUCUUCCCCCAAUUGAGUGCCUCCCUUCUCCGCCCUCGAGCGACGCCGUUAAAAUGCCUCUGCCGCCGCAUGCAGAGAGUCUCCGCCGCUCUACCAGACAACACUCCGAGCCGACAGUCGUAGAAGAUGCAAAUGCAGGGUUCAGAAAGCGGAAGCUACCGGUGGAGAAGGAGGGGGGUCCUCUGAGACGCUCGCCGAGAUUCUCAGCGAGUUCUGGAUCAGGGUCGCGUCAUCUCGUUAAGUGGCAUGGGUCUAGGGGUCCGGAAUUACCGCUGAAUGUCCAAAAUUUUCAUGGAAAGUUCUACGAUGGGAAGCACUUGAGGCAAUGCCAAGGAUUAAGUCCAUCGAGUGAGGCAUACACAUUGGAGCUUAGGAGAUCCCCAAGAUUUUCCUCUUCAAAUGGAAAUGAAAACAUGGAAAUUAAUGUUUUACAAAGAAAAACAACAUCAAAAGCAGUUCACCAAAAGAAGAAAAAUACAAAAGCAGUUUCUACUUCCAUUGAAUUGUCUAGUUCAACAGUUUAUCAGCAUUCUGAAGUUAAAAUUAUGUCUAGAAGCUCUACUUGCGGCAUUGACGAUACCAAAUACUUGACUAGGUCUUCAGAGGCAAUCACUUCCCCAUAUCAGAAUGGCAGAACAACUUCUAAUUCCUUUCCCUUGUCUGAGUUAGAUGACGAUCCACCAAGAAAGAAAUAUAGAACAUCAACUUCUUCAACUAAGGAAGGUCUGGAUUCAGAAAGCAUUGCUGCCUUCAUUGGUGAUCCAAUACCUGAGGAUGAAGCUCUGAAAAGAUGGGGAUGGCGCUAUGAAUUAAAGGACAAAAAAUGUAAAGGCCAACAGCUAAAAAUAAAUGAGGGUGAAGAAGAUGAGAUUAUUGCAAAUGUCAAAUGCCAUUAUGCACAAGCUGAAGUUGGGAAUUGCAUUUUUAGUCUUGGUGAUUGUGCAUUUAUAAAAGGUGAAGGAGAGGAAAAACACGUUGGCAAGAUUAUUGAAUUUUUCCAAACAACUGAGGGACAAAACUAUUUCCGAGUCCAAUGGUUCUACAGAAUUCAAGAUACAGUUGUUCAAGAUGAAGGUGGUUUCCAUGACAAGAGGCGUGUAUUUUAUUCAUCAAUAAUGAAUGAUAACUUAAUAGAUUGCAUAAUAGGAAAAGCUAAUGUAACACAAAUAACACCCAGGGUUGGUCUGAAGUUGGCUUCAAUUUCACCAUCUGACUUGUAUUAUGACAUGGAGUAUUGCGUGGAUUACUCUACAUUCCGCAACAUACCAUCAGACGCCUCUGCAGUGACAGAGAGUCUACCGUCUUCUGAGCUGUGCAAGAACGAAUUAUCAUUACUGGAUCUCUAUUCUGGGUGUGGUGGCAUGUCAACUGGAUUGUGCUUAGGUGCCAAAACUGCAUCAGUUAACCUUGUCACGAGAUGGGCUGUCGAUAGUGACAAGUCAGCCAGUGAAAGCUUGAAACUAAACCAUCCAGACACACAUGUGCGAAAUGAAUCUGCUGAGGACUUUCUGGAAUUAUUAAAGGAGUGGGAAAAACUAUGCAAACGGUAUAACUCAACUGUUGAAGAAAGAAAACUUCCAUGUCGAUCCAAAUAUUCAGGAGAAAAGAAACAAGAAGUUCAUGAUAAUUCUGAUGAUGAAUUUGAAGUUUCUAAGUUAGUUGAUAUUUGCUUUGGUGAUCCCAAAGAAACUGGUAAUCGUGGUCUAUAUUUCAAGGUGCAUUGGAAGGGUUGCAGUACAAGUGAAGACACUUGGGAACCAAUUAAAAGCUUAAGUAAGUGUAAGGAAAGCAUACAGGAUUUUGUGAGAAAAGGGAUGAAAUCAAAACUCUUGCCUCUUCCUGGAGAAGUUGAUGUUAUUUGUGGGGGUCCUCCUUGUCAAGGAAUCAGUGGAUAUAAUCGCUUUAGAAACUUUGAGUCACCAUUGGAUGAUGAAAGGAAUCGUCAGAUUGUGAUUUUCAUGGACAUGGUGAAAUUUUUGAAGCCUAGGCAUGUUUUAAUGGAGAAUGUGGUUGACAUAUUAAGAUUUGACAAGGGUUCACUUGGAAGAUAUGCAUUAAGUCGUUUGGUGAAUAUGAAAUACCAAGCAAGACUGGGAAUCAUUGCUGCUGGGUGUUAUGGUCUUCCACAAUUUCGGUUGCGCAUUUUCUUGUGGGGUUCUCAUCCUAGUGAGGUUUUACCCCAGUUUCCACUGCCAACGCACGAUGUCAUCGUUAGAUACUGGCCUCCGCCAGAGUUUGAGCGCAAUGUUGUUGCUUAUGAUGAAGACCAACCUCGUGAAUUAGAGAAAGCUAUCGUUAUCCAAGAUGCCAUCUCUGAUCUUCCAGCUGUCAUGAACACGGAAACUCGUGAACAAAUGCCAUAUAAGAGUUCUCCAGAAACUGAAUUUCAAAGAUAUAUACGGUCAACUAAAUAUGAGAUGACUGGGUCAAAAUCAAAUGAAACAACAGAGAAAAGGCCCCUGCUGUAUGAUCACCGUCCCCACACUUUGUCUGAAGAUGACUACGAACGUGUUUGUCAAAUUCCAAAACGCAAGGGUGCAAAUUUCCGUGAUCUGCCUGGUGUAAUUGUAGGCGCUGACAAUGUGGUAAGACGACAUCCGACAGAGAAUCCGAUGCUGCCAUCUGGAAAGCCAUUGAUCCCAGAUUAUUGCUUCACUUUUGAGCAAGGGAAGUCUAAGAGACCAUUUGCACGGUUAUGGUGGGAUGAGAAUCUUCCUACUGCACUAACCUUCCCAAGUUGUCAUAACCAGGUUGUACUUCAUCCGGAGCAGGAUCGAGUGCUCACUGUACGAGAAUAUGCCAGACUGCAAGGAUUUCCUGAUUAUUAUAGAUUCCAUGGGACUGUGAAAGGGAGGUACCGUCAAAUUGGAAAUGCAGUUGCGAUCCCUGUUUCACGAGCUUUAGGUUACACCUUAGGACUUGCUUGUAGAAAGCUGAGUGGAAAUGAGGCACUUGUAGCCCUCCCUCCUAAGUUUUCUCACUCUCAUUAUCUUCAGUUAUCUAACAAUCAGCCUGCAAACACUGACAACACUCACUAGCAUUCCUCCUAUUAUUUUCCAUUCAUUUCAUUGUAGCCACCUUUUUUAGUUGAAACUUCGAAUACCCUGUAAACACUCCUCAACUACUCCACUUAACUUGAAUUCACAAUUUCUUCUAUUUCUACUUCUCUUUAGCCCUUUAGCUAAGAACAAAUUAUGUUCAACAUUUAAUUUCGGAGAUCAUCUUGAAAACUGCUCUCAUUCGUUGGAGCCUCUUUGGUUUAAAAGUUUCACAAGUACUUUUACAAAUUUCAAUAUUAAAAUGAACUAUUCAAGUGAA